CGCUCGCCGCGCCUCUCCCCCGUCCGUCCAUAUUGCUGCAGCCCCCGAGCCGGGAAGCCCGGGCCGCCCCGGGGGCGGGGGGGAGGGAGGGACGGAACGAGAGGCCUGCCAGGCUCGGGGUGGGGGCGCCCUGCGAGGAACGGGCGGGGGGGGACGCGCGCCGAGGAGGCCUGGACCGCAGAGUGGGGGGCCUUCCUCCCCCCCCCGCCCCGCCAGUGGGCCUCGGAUCUACGGCGGCUGCAUCCGACCGGGAAGGGAGCCGCGCCUAGCGUGAAUCCCGGUUCUUCUCCGUGGGGACUGGUGCCCGGCGCCCCGGAGGAAGGCGUCGCGGGCGCUCUGCGAGCCAAGUUCGAGGCGGGGGAGGCAACCUCGGGCGCGCCCGGCUUCUCCGGGGGGGCGGGCGCGCAGAUGGCCACUCAGGUGGAGCCGCUGCUGCCGGGGGGCGCCCCGCUCUUGCAGGCCGAAGAGCACGGGGGGCUGGUGAGGAAGAAGCCGCCGCCGGCGCCCGAAGGCAAGGGCGAGCCCGGGGCAAACGACGUCGGAGGGGGGGAGCCGGACGGCGGCGCCCGGAGACCUCGGCCGCCCUGCGCCAAGCCACACAAGGAGGGCACCGGGCCGCCGGAGCGCGAGAGCCCGCGGCCACCGCAGCUGCCGGGCGCCGAGGGCCCUGCCGUCAGCGACGGAGAGGAGGGCGGCGGCGAGCCGGGCGCUGGCGGAGGAGCGGCCGGAGCCGCGGGCGCCGGGCGCCGAGACUUCGUGGAAGCCCCCCCGCCCAAGGUGAACCCGUGGACUAAGAACGCGCUGCCGCCGGUCCUGGCCACCGUGAACGGACAGUCCCCGCCAGAACAUUCUGCUCCAGCCAAGGUGGUAAGAGCAGCAGCUCCUAAACAGCGGAAAGGCAGCAAGGUUGGUGACUUUGGAGAUGCAAUCAACUGGCCCACACCUGGAGAGAUAGCCCACAAGAGUGUGCAGCCACAGUCUCACAAGCCUCAGCCUGCCCGUAAGCUGCCACCCAAGAAGGACAUGAAAGAACAGGAGAAAGGAGAGGGCAGCGAUAGUAAGGAGAGCCCAAAAACCAAAUCAGAUGAAUCAGGGGAGGAGAAGAAUGGGGAUGAAGACUGCCAGCGAGGCGGGCAGAAGAAGAAAGGGAAUAAACACAAGUGGGUUCCACUGCAAAUAGACAUGAAGCCUGAAGUGCCCAGAGAGAAACUUGUGUCACGCCCCACUCGCCCACAGGAGCCGAGACAUACACCUGCCAGCCGCGGGGAGAUCAAAGGGUCUGAGCCUGCCACCUACAUGCCUGUGUCUGUGGCCCCCCCCACCCCAGCCUGGCAACCAGAGACCAAAACGGAGCCUGCCUGGCACGACCAGGACGAGACAUCGAGUGUGAAGAGUGAUGGGGCUGGUGGGGCGCGGGCUUCCUUCCGUGGCCGUGGACGGGGGCGUGGUCGCGGCCGGGGACGCGGCCGGGGUGGUACUCGAACCCAUUUUGACUACCAGUUUGGCUAUCGAAAGUUUGAUGGUGCAGAGGGGCCUCGAACCCCCAAGUACAUGAACAACAUUACCUACUACUUUGACAACGUCAGCAGCACUGAGCUUUACAGCGUAGACCAGGAGCUGCUCAAAGACUACAUCAAGCGACAGAUUGAAUACUACUUCAGUGUGGACAAUUUAGAACGAGACUUCUUCCUGAGACGAAAAAUGGAUGCUGAUGGUUUCCUUCCCAUCACCCUUAUUGCUUCCUUCCAUCGCGUGCAAGCCCUCACCACUGACAUUUCACUCAUUUUUGCGGCCCUCAAGGACAGCAAGGUGGUGGAAAUUGUUGAUGAGAAAGUUCGUAGGAGGGAAGAGCCUGAGAAGUGGCCUCUUCCUGGUCCCCCAAUAGUGGAUUAUUCACAGACUGAUUUUUCCCAGCUUCUCAACUGCCCCGAAUUUGUUCCCCGCCAGCACUACCAGAAAGAGACAGAGUCGGCACCUGGCUCUCCCCGUGCAGUCACCCCAGUGCCAACCAAAACGGAGGAGGUCAGCAACCUAAAGACACUGCCUAAGGGCCUGUCUGCCAGCCUGCCUGACCUGGAUUCUGAGAACUGGAUUGAAGUGAAGAAACGGCCUCGACCCUCCCCAGCACGGCCCAAGAAGUCAGAGGAGCCCAGGUUCACCCACCCAACAUCUCUGCCUCAGCAACUUCCCUCCCAGCAGCUGAUGUCCAAGGAUCAGGAUGAGCAAGAGGAAUUAGAUUUCCUGUUUGAUGAGGAAAUGGAGCAGAUGGACGGGCGAAAGAACACCUUCACUGCCUGGUCUGAUGAGGACUCUGACUAUGAGAUUGAUGACCGGGAUGUCAACAAGAUCCUCAUUGUUACCCAGACGCCUCCUUACAUGCGCCGGCACCCUGGGGGGGACCGUACAGGCAAUCACACCUCUCGUGCCAAGAUGAGUGCUGAGCUGGCCAAGGUCAUUAAUGACGGGCUCUUCUACUAUGAGCAGGACCUGUGGACUGAGAAGUUUGAACCUGAAUAUUCCCAGAUCAAGCAAGAAGUUGAGAACUUUAAGAAAGUCAACAUGAUCAGCCGGGAGCAGUUUGACACACUGACCCCUGAGCCCCCUGUGGAUCCCAACCAGGAGGUUCCUCCUGGGCCUCCCCGGUUCCAACAAGUUCCCACUGAUGCCCUGGCCAACAAGUUGUUUGGUGCUCCUGAGCCCUCCACCAUUGCCCGCUCUCUACCAACCACUGUCCCAGAGUCGCCAAACUACCGCAAUGCCAGGACCCCCCGCACGCCCCGGACCCCACAACUCAAAGACUCAAGCCAGACGUCACGGUUUUACCCAGUGGUGAAAGAAGGAAGGACGCUAGAUGCCAAGAUGCCUCGAAAAAGGAAGACAAGGCACAGCUCAAAUCCACCCUUGGAGAGCCAUGUGGGCUGGGUGAUGGAUUCCCGAGAGCACAGGCCCCGGACUGCUUCCAUCAGCUCCAGCCCUUCAGAAGGAACACCUGCAGUUGGCAGCUAUGGCUGUACCCCUCAGUCACUGCCCAAGUUCCAGCAUCCUUCCCACGAGCUGCUCAAGGAAAAUGGUUUCACACAACACGUCUACCACAAGUAUCGUAGGCGCUGCCUUAAUGAGCGGAAGCGCUUGGGCAUUGGUCAGUCUCAGGAGAUGAACACUCUCUUCCGCUUCUGGUCCUUCUUCCUCCGAGAUCACUUCAACAAAAAGAUGUAUGAGGAGUUUAAGCAGCUGGCUCUGGAGGAUGCCAAAGAAGGCUACAGAUAUGGUUUAGAGUGCCUUUUUCGAUACUACAGUUAUGGCCUAGAAAAGAAGUUCCGGCUGGAUAUAUUCAAGGAUUUUCAGGAGGAAACCAUGAAGGACUAUGAAGCUGGCCAACUCUAUGGGCUGGAGAAGUUCUGGGCCUUCUUGAAAUAUUCCAAAGCCAAAAAUUUGGACAUUGACCCCAAACUGCAAGAAUACCUCGGCAAAUUUCGACGUCUAGAAGACUUCCGAGUGGAUCCCCCCAUGGGUGAAGAGGGCAACCACAAGCGACACGCAGUGGUAGCAGGAGGUGGCAGCGGUGAGGGCAGGAAGCGGUGCCCCUCCCAGUCUUCCAGCAGGCCUGCCACCAUGAUCAGCCAACCCCCUACACCACCUACUGGCCAGCCCAUCCGGGAAGAUGCCAAAUGGACAAGCCAGCACUCGGACGCACAGACUUUGGGAAAGUGAAAAGCCCUUUAGUCCUGGGGUUUAGAGCGGGGAAGGGGUGGGGUGGUUGAGGGUCCAUGGGGGUGCCCAGUCCCAGGAGAGGGGACAAAGAAGGGAUAGGCCUGGAAUUAAUAGAACAGGCCUUUGUGCUGAGUAGCAGUGAGUACACCAUUUGGGCUAUUAGAGGUACCCUGGGCAGGAACCUCCACGUAAUUCCCUUCCCCUCCUCUCUCCAUGACUCUUACAUCCUAGCUUCUUCUAAGGGGGGAGGGAAAGGGGGGAGAUUUUUUAUAUAUAUAUACAUAUAUAUAUAUAUAUCAAGUUUUAAAUUAUUGAUAGUUUGUCUGGAUUACCAAAAUCACUCUUUAGCCCUGCCCGCGGCUGGUAGGCCGCAACCCUGGUCCCCACCCACAGCCUCUUCUUGCUCCCCCCCAAGCCAACUAUGCAGCCCACCAGAAGGCCCUGCGGGCCCCAUUGCCCAGCACCAUCCCACGGAAGGCUCUGACAGCUCCCCUGGGCCCCAGGAGCACCAGCCCCUGAUCAUCCGGGUUUUGCCAUCACCAUGUUCUCUCCCUGCUGUCCCCUCCAUGCCCUUCUGCCAUCUUCUGGGAGAAGGAAACCAAAGGAUCUAAAAGUGGGGGUUGGGGGAGGUUUCAGCCUCUCCCACUCCCCUUUCCCCACAUCCCUUACUCCCCAGCCCAGAGAGACGCUGCUCAUACCAGAAAAGACUAUUGAAAGAUGAUUUAUUUUAUUUUUCUCUGACCUUUCCAUCCUUGGGAAAAAGAAAAAAAGAAAAAAAAAAAAAAAAAAAAAGAAAAAAAAAGACAAAAUAGACCAUUAAAAAAACACCAAAAAAAAAAAAAAAUCAGAAAACCCCCACCUAAUCCAUAGAAAGUGAUGUCUUUCCCCUCUCCUUGAAAUUUUUUUGUUUGUUU